AAAAAAUUUCAAAGUGAUUUACUUACCUAUCUCAAUAUAUCACUUGUAAACCCAAGUCAAAACUCUUCUCCUUCUAAAAUAACUGGACCUUUCAGAAUAACCAUUCUUAAAAGUAGUGAUAUUUCUAAAUCAACUGAAGAAAAUCUCUCCUCUCUUCAAAGAAACUACUCACCUGAAGAGACCAUAAUCGCUAAUACCACUCCUAAUAGAAAAAAUACUAAAACUUCUAAUGAAGAAGAAGCAAUUUCAGAUCAAAAGGAUACUAGCCUCUUACAUUUCUCAAAAUACAAACCUAUCAUUAACAGAAUUAAGAUAAAAAGUCUAAGA